CAACAACAACAACAACAACAGCAACAGCAGCAGCAGCAGCAGCAACAACAAAGCAUGCAUCACCCUCUAGCUGCUCAACAAAGUGCUGCACAACAGCAGCACCAUCCUCACCAACAGCCCCAACCACAACAGCAGCAAGCCCAACAGCAGCACCACCAGGCUUCAAAUAAUAAUAAUAAUACGAAUAAGCCUCCAACCGGUGACCGUGUAAAAAGGCCGAUGAAUGCAUUUAUGGUCUGGUCCCGUGGCCAACGACGCAAGAUGGCCCAAGAAAAUCCAAAAAUGCAUAAUUCCGAGAUUUCCAAACGUUUAGGCGCCGAAUGGAAAUUACUUAGCGAAAGCGAAAAGCGCCCAUUUAUUGAUGAAGCUAAACGAUUGCGCGCGGUGCACAUGAAAGAGCACCCAGAUUACAAGUAUCGUCCAAGAAGAAAGACGAAGACUUUAAUGAAGAAAGAUAAGUAUCCGAUCAGUGGCUCCGUCGGUGCAGUCGGAGUCAAUGUUAAUAGCAUCCUCGGCGUUGAUCAACGACAAGUUGGCAGUGCCGGUGGACCCCAACAAGGGCAAAUAUCUCGCGACGUUUAUCAAAUGGCGAACGGAUAUAUGCCAAAUGGUUAUAUGAUGCACGAUCCGGCGGCUUCGUAUCAACAACACGUUGUAUACGGAAAUCCAAUGAGCGGAGCGGCGGCUGCUGGAUAUCCCAGAUACGAUAUGGGACAUCACAUGGGUAAUGGUAGUCCACCCAUGAACCCAAAUUACAUUAAUGGAUAUGGUGGUUAUCCUGGAAGUACGGUGCCCGGCGGCUCACCUUCACCGUACCAUCAACCCCAAUCAGGAUCUCAAAUGUCGAGCCAUAGUCCCAGUGGCAGCAGUAUAAAAUCUGAGCCGACGAGUCCUGCAAGUGCGGGAAUACACACUCCCACGCCAACAAACGGGCCAAUUCCCGCUAAUGCAACGGCUGCUCCACAACAACAGCAGCAAGCGCAAGCUGCCGCCGCAGUUAAACGCGAAUAUAUGGCUCAACAAAGCCACCAGACUCAUCAAUCUCCAGGAGAUCUUAGGCAGAUGAUAUCCAUGUAUCUGCCCCAAGGAGUCGACCAGGGUGUUGGUGGUCAACAUGGUGCUGGAGUCUACCCGUCUGGACCAUCACCAGAUUCUUUGGCGCAACAUCAUUCAAUACCGCCAAUCAAUCAUAUGACUUAUCGAGCGAGCAUUGCUCCGUAUCAUUAUGAUCGACGGGAACAUUUACAACAACGUGGAAUUCUUCCUACGCUAGAAAUUUAAGUUUUAAUUUCUACCACACACAUACCUACACACAUCACCAUCUCACCACUACCACGUUUGAAACACAUAAGAAGAAGUACUACUAGCCCAUCCGAAGCCAUUAAUUAGCAGAUAAUUCAAUUAUUCAGAAAAAUAGGUAAAUCGACAUAUACUAAUACAUUUUCAUAUCCAUCUGGUUGUUAUUCAAUAAUUCAUACGAUUAUUUUCUUAUUUUAUAAGAUUAAGAUAAUUAUAAUAGCAAUUUUGAAAUUAGGUUUAA